GCAGCUCCUGGAAUAGGCUCGUCGCUGCUAGGCACCCAUAGGCACCCAGACACCAUGGGGAAGCUAGUGGUGCUGACCUUGCUGGGGGCCAGCUUGGCCUUAAUAGGGGAGAGGCUUCUGACCUUUAGAGAAAGAUUUAGUUCAACACGGGAGAUCAAGUCCACAGAACCUCAGCACUGCCACCUGAUUGAAGGCCUCGAGAAUGGCUCUGAAGAUAUUGAUAUACUUCCUAGUGGACUGGCUUUUAUCUCAACUGGAUUAAAAUAUCCAGGCAUGCCAAAUUUUGCACCAGACAAACCAGGAAGAAUUUUUCUGAUGGAUUUGAAUGAACAAAACCCAAAGGCACAAGCACUGAAAAUCAGUGAUGGAUUUGACAAAGAAUCACUGAACCCGCAUGGGAUCAGUACCUUCGUUGACAAAGACAACACUGUGUAUCUUUAUGUUGUGAACCAUCCUCACAUGGAUUCUACUGUGGAAAUAUUUAAAUUCGAAGAACAACAGCGUUCUCUCAUCCACCUGAAGACUAUAACACACGAACUUCUCAAGAGUGUGAAUGACAUUGUGGUGGUUGGGCCAGAGCAGUUUUAUGCUACAAGAGACCACUACUUUACCAGCUACUUCUUGGUCCUUCUGGAGAUGUUCAUGGACUUUCAGUGGACUUACGUUCUUUUCUACAGCCCACGAGAGGUCAAAGUAGUGGCCCAAGGAUUCAGUUCUGCCAAUGGAAUCACAAUCUCACUAGAUCAAAAGUAUGUCUAUGUAGCUGAUGUAAUGGCUAAGAAUAUUCACGUAUUGAAAAAACAUGAUAAUUGGAAUUUAACUCAAGAGAAGGUAAUUCAGUUGGAAACAUUGGUGGAUAACUUAACUGUUGACCCUGCCACAGGAGACAUUUUGGCAGGAUGCCAUCCUAACCCCUCAAAGAUAUUGGUUUACAACCCUGAGGAUCCUCCAGGGUCAGAAGUACUACGCAUCCAGGAUACUUUGUCAGACAAGCCCAGGGUGAGCACACUCUAUAUCAACAAUGGCUCUGUGCUUCAGGGGAGCUCUGUGGCGUCUGUGUACCAUGGGAAAAUGCUCAUAGGCACCGUGUUUCACAAAGCUCUGUACUGCGAACUCUAGAUCUUCUUCAAAAGUCUUCAGACUUUUCAUAUUUAGCCAAAGUAAAAUUUCAGGUGUAUGCUAAAUGGAACUAUAAUUAUUUGCCAUUACCAGGAAAAUGUGUAUGGCUUUUCUUACGGAGAAAAUAAAAGGAGUACAGAAACUUACACCUACGAAAUCAAGAGUCAAGUUAGUGUUGAGCAAACCAGAAGCCAAUAUAUUCUGCUUUGUUGAGUUUCCCCAAUGUUCUGUUUACAGAGGAUUUACAGGCUGUGACCACUAAAGUCUCCUAUGCACUUAGGCUUGUAUCGCUUGGUGACUGUUCAGCACAGUAACAACUGUGAUAUUCUGAGUCGCUGCAGUUCAGACUGGUGAAAAGAGCUAAUGUUUAACUUCUCACCGUUCUUAUUCUCAUUGCUUUCUUUUGUGGGAUACUAUCUUCCAACCAAAUAUCCCUACCUGUAAUUCUCAUCUUGAGAUCCCAAAGCCUGCCUUGGACUUGGUUUUGCCCCAAAAUAUUGUCAAACAGGGAACGCGAUUUUGAAAUAGACAAAACAAGCCUCAUCGCUUUGAUAUGGACGAGCCUCAUCAGCUAACUUAGUGCAAACUGUGCUGAUGUGUUUGAGUAAGACUUUAUCUAUGCUGAUACUUCCAUUGUGAGUGUAACUAAUCUUCUUGGCGCUGAAUAUAAGAAGGGCCUUGAGACAGCCAUCUUCAGCUUUCUCUACUAGUUAACUCAAUAAACAUUUAAUAAGCAUGUCAGCUGACUGGCACCAAUAAGUCUAAAAUGAAUAAAAUUAUUAUGGCUAAAGGGCA